CAACCCUUGAACUACCGCGGGAAACUCAUUGCUUGCACUGUAUCACUGAAGCCGGAGAAACUCAGUCCGUGAAAGUUAUUUACAUUGCAAAAUAUCAAAAAAAAGGUCUCAGUCUUGAGGAGAAGAGGACUCUCAUGAUGGAGAUUUUCUUCGAGACAAAAGAAGUGUUUCAGCUGAAGGACAUAGAGAAAAUCGCCCCCAAGACUAAAGGAAUAACACCCAUGUCAGUGAAGGAGGUUCUCCAGAGUCUGGUGGAUGACAACAUGGUGGACUGUGAGAGAGUGGGCACCUCAAACUACUAUUGGGCCUUCCCCAGCAAGGCCCUGCACGCCCGCAAGCGCAGGUUGGAGGAGCUGGACAAGCAGCAUACCGAGGAGAAACAAAGGAAGAUGUCUCUGCAGCAGGCUGUCGACAAAUCAAAAGUAGGAUGUGAAGAAACCGAAAGUCCAAUGUCACAGCUAAAGAGGCAGUGUCCAGAUGGACAGAUAACGUCUUUGCCAUCAAGUCGUGGGCCAAGAGGAAUUUUGGUUUCGAUGACGGACACAUCGAUAAAGCCUUCGGGAUACCUGAAGACUUAGAUUACAUGGACUGACUGCAUGAUCUGUAAUUUCUAUUAAUUGUUUUUGUUAAUUGAGUGACCGCCAUUGCACACAUUGCAACGCAAGUGAGACAUGUUACUUAAAUCCACUCAGGCAAGCCCCUCAAAAACAGCCUUGUGCUUUUCGUAGUUGACUUGGAGCAGCUUCCAUUUUGGCGCUCGCUCAUGGCCCUCGCAGGUGCAAAUGCUGCUUCUGUGGCACUUGAGAAGGCGCUGUGCCCUGUAAAUGUGCUUUAUAGUUUCGUGGCUCUGUAGACUCGAGACAGGAGUUCAGGUUUUGUUGUUUAAAACAUGAUGGAUGAUUUGUUUGAAUGGAGAGGUGAAUGACCGGUAACAUUUCAAAGUCUUUGUGUUAUAUUUUCAAAGCUGUUGUCUUUCCACAGGCCUACAUGUACCUUAAUUGAUUUCAUAUGCCUUGAAUUUACAAGCAACAGGGUGAAUGCAUCACCUUUCAUUUUCUGUCAACUGGAAUGUGGCGAAAACCUCUCAAACAUAAAGGGCAGCACUUUUCUAUUGUACUCCGGGAUUUAUUCCAACGUGGUAAGAGCAGAAGGGGUAUUGUAGUUGUGAUUGGUUCAGAAUUAUUUUUGUGCUUUUGCUGACUUUAAGUUUAGAAUGUUUUUGUCAAACUACACAAACAAUGGGUAGAAUUGCUGUGCUCAUGGCGUUGACUCCAGAUGCCAUUAUACUAUUAGGGGUGAAAUGUCAACCCAUUUGUUCAAAAUUAAAGUAUCCACACAGAUCAUACCCACCUCUUCACCUUGUUCAAACUGUACAUGGAUUGUCACUGCAAUUAUUUACUGCUGUAACCUUGUGCAUGUUCUUCAAAAUGUUCAAUGUAUUCCUAAUUCCAUGCUCCCAUUAUAGCAGAUUCAGCAUUAUUGUACAUAGGGAAAGGGGGCCAUCUAGUCAGUUGUAAAACUGAAUGCAUUCUUCUGAAAACUGUCUUCCGCAUUUAACCAAAUACCUCUGAAUCAGAGGCGUGUAGGGGGUGGCUUUAUUGACAUCCAUGUAAUCAGUGCCUGGGGAGAGGUUGUUGUGGGAGGUUAAUUGCCGUGCUCAGGGGCAGAACGGUAGAUUGUUACCAUGGCGGCUCUUGAGAUUUGAUCCAGCAACCUUUUGAUUACCAGCUAGGCUCCUGCCGCCCAGUAGGACCUGCUGCUACAAAUAUACUAAUACUUUAAUGAACAAAAAUAUAAACGCAACAUGUAAAGUGUUACUUACAUGAGCUGAAAUAAAAGAUCCCAGAAAUGUUCCAUA